GUCUCUCUCUCUCUCUGUCUCUCUCUCUCUCUCUUUUCUCCCUCUUUUUCUCUCCUUCUUUCUACUCUCUUCGUUUCUCUCGAGCGCGCGAUCGCGAAAAAAAGUAUUACAAUAGGAAGUGGAGACGCACGAGAGGACGGGUGGCCGUCGGGAGAGAAGCGCAUCGAUCCGCGACUGCACGAACUGCAUGAACGGGCGAUGUUGCGAUGUGCGCGGAAAAACGUUACCGUCGAUAAUAACGGACGAUAGUGAGUCAAAAUAGAACACGCGAGUGUACUCGUUUUAUUCUUUGCUUCGUUGUUAUUGAAAAAGCGCAGCACUUUCUAAAUGGGUCAAGUCGAGCCGGCGACACCACGAUAUGCAAGAAGCAUUGCCACCGCGAAUCACUGCCUGGCCUAGUUUCUUCUUCCUCCUCUACCACCAUCGACACAACCACCACCACUAUCGCUACCACCACCACCACCACCACCACCACCACCACCAUCACCUCCACCACCACCUCCAUCACCACCACCACCACCACCACCACCACCACUACUAUUACGACUAUCUUCAACUUCAACUCUACCACCUCCUUCACCUCGUUCUCGAGGGCAAACGAGUAAAGGGUGAGUGGGAUAACGGUGGCAUUUCACGCGGCUACCGACGCCGGUGACUCGAUUUACAAAGUCUCUUCCAUCUUCCUAUUAUCGUCGUUUUAAUAGUCGUCAUAGUUAUCGCGUCGCCAUGGAUUACGACCGUUCUCCUCCGUGAUUCGUGCCUUUCGGCUAACCUGAGUGCAUCGAUCAACGACUACUCGUAGCCGAAUACAGCCGAAUAAUAAACCGAGCCGAGGUUAUCAUUGACUAGUGUAAAAAUUCUGCGCGAGGUCUCGCGGAAAAUGUUUCUAAAAAAAGGAUGCAACGUUGUCCUUGACGCUUUUACUUGCAAUGAAAUAACACUUGCAUUAUCGAUCACACCACCGCGGCAUCUUCGUGAGAACUUUCUCUCUCGUAACGUCGUAAGGUUUCCUAUAUACGUUAAAAAUGGCUACGAACAAACCACCGGAGAUGAAUUACACGUGCGAGAUCUGUGGAUCGGAGGGUCUCAACGACGAAGAAAUGAGAUCUCAUAUGGUACUUUAUCAUCUACAAGGGGCUGCCAAUUGCCCAUUCUGUGAUCUCGACGAAAUCUCGCCGGCGGAAAUGCUAGUUCACGUGAAUAGCGCUCAUUUGGAUUACUUAACACCGAGUACUCCAGAAAACGAUAUGCUGGCCUUUAUCGAUGAUGACUCUACAAUGGAGGAUCACAGACAUGACGAAUGCCGUGGUCCUUCUCCGUCUAUGUCUCUUAGGCCACCGCAUCUUCAAAAUGGUUGGGCUGCUUCUCACAGUUCUCGUAUGCAACAACAGAAUUCUAAAGCCCGUAAACUGGACGCGCCAGCUAGCAGUCCCAAUGUAAACAAUAAUAAUAACAACAACGACAACAGCAAUGCUAAUAGCGUAUUGGAAGGUUCGGCAGGCCAUGGAUCUCCAUUGCGCUCUGGCCUAAAUCUUCAAUUACGCUCGCAUGCUUCUCCUAAAUUAGCUGUUCAGGAGUGUCCAAUGUGUCCAUAUAGUUCAGACAGUCCAUUAAGACUGGAAGAACAUAUCAAUCGACAACAUUUCGAUCUCACUUCUCCAUCUUUUCCACCUUCGUCACCUCCAACUAAAGAUGGUGUCUUCAACUGCCCUUUAUGUAUAACUUCGUUUCCCAAUUCCUCUGAUCUCGAAUUACACGUUAAUAUCGAACACAAAGAUAUACUCAGCCCUGCAAACGGAACGGCAUUACAAUCUGAUCUGGCUACUAUCGGUAGUGAUACACCUCCCUGCCCAGUUUGUCUCAGUACAUCGUUCAAAAAUAAUGACGACCUAACGUUACACAUCGAAGAGCAUUUUAACAAAAAAAGUACUCCAUCUCCCAUAACACCAGACCUUUCAACAGAUAGAAUGUUGGCAAAAGAUAUGGAAAGGCGAGAAAAAGAAGUUAGAAAAUUACGUGAACAACGCGAAUUUGAAAUGUUACGAGCACAAUACGGAAUGGACAAUCAGGGUAAUUUCAGAGAGCAAAGUGUAACUAAUAUGCAACGCGCCGUCCUUGCAGGCGAAAUGACGGUAGCAGAUUUUUAUGAAAGACAAACAGGGUUAACGGUUGCUGAAAGCAGCGGUAUCGAUGAUAGCAGUUCUUGUACACGUGGGCUGGUUCCCAAGAUACGAGCUGUUAGUCAAACAUGCAGUAAUGUAGUAAAUACAUGGAUGUGUUCUACAGUGGAUCAUUAUGCUUCUACUUAUGGAGACAAAGGCUGGGGCUGUGGCUAUAGGAAUAUGCAAAUGUUGAUUUCAUCUCUUUUACAGCAUACUGGAUACAAUGAGUUAGUGUACAAAGCUUGGAGUUCUGGCCUUGAUAGUGGAAGUACCACUGACAAUCCUUUGCGUAGUUCUAUGCCCUCCAUAUCUAGGCUCCAGAAAAUGAUAGAAUGGGCUUGGGCUCAAGGUUUUGAUAUUCAAGGUGCUGAGCAACUUGGUGGUAAACUUAUGAACACUAGGAAAUGGAUUGGUGCUACGGAAGUCAUAACUUUGUUAUCCAGUUUAAAAAUAAAAUGUCAGCUAGUAGACUUCCAUAGACCCACCAGCGUUGAUGGAGGACAUCCUGAAAUGUUUAAUUGGGUGUUACAAUAUUUCCAGAGAUGUGACGAUUUUAAACCACCACUUUAUUUGCAACAUCAAGGACAUAGCAGAACGAUAAUAGGUGUAGAACGACUAAGAGAUGGUUCUAUUACUAUGUUAGUAUUAGAUCCAAGUCACAGUCCAUCACAAAUGGCACAAUUUAAUAGUACGAGUAGUGCACCUGGUGCAAUGCGACUUGUGCGUAAAUCAACUGCUGCGAUGAAAGCUAGACAGUAUCAAGUAGUUGCUGUAACUGGUAUUAUGGAUACGGAAGAACAGUACCAACAAAGUAAAGUAUUACGUUCCAUGCGUGUUCCACAAGAUAGGUGAGAGUUGCUGGUCCAAAUGAAAGCACAACCGUGUCCGAAGAUAAUAGACUGCCUCAAACCGUUCUUAUCCAGCAUCCUUGAAAUUACGUGACCGCAAUGCUUUAGGUUUAUCACUAGCAUACUUGCCUCCAUUAUAGUAGCAGCAAAAUGAUUAUGUAAUAAUAUAUUCUUGCAUUUCUAGCAUGAAUAAUGAACUGGCUCCUUGACACAUUAUGUGUUUUAUGCGUGCGUCGCGGUAAAAAGAUUUCAGAAUUAAAAUUAUAUCAAAAUUUUGGUACAAUUCGCUUAUUAAAUUUGUCAAGCACAAAAAAUUCUAAUUCUUUACGGAAUUACGGUGUUUCAUGUAAAUUAUAUUCUGAUAAAAUUAUUACUACUUCUGGAAGCACCUUUAUUAUCAUGUACGAGUAAAAGGAUAUAAGACAAUUUACUGAUAAAACUAUCAAAAGAUAAUUAUAAUUCCAUUGCCAUUCCUUAUUCAAGAAUGUUCUACUCGAUUUUCGUCGUACUUAAACAGGCUGUGUUAACUUCGAUCCGGCCAAUCCUCCUAUGGCGAUCGAUUAUACCAAUUGAAAAAGCGUCCUGGCAGAGCUUGGAAAACAAAACUCUUUCGUAGCUGUGAUGCGAUUAUUUAAUGCUGAUCGUUCGUCUAUCAUAAACAUUUUUAGAGAUGCUCCAAUAUCGAUGUCAAUGCAGUAUUGUCUCGCUCUCUGUCUCUUUGUGUAUGAUAUACCUUUGUAUCAAAAUGCUGUCAAUUUUCACUCGAUAUUGAAUGCCAGUGGGUAUAUACAUACAUACAACCACAUACACACAUAUAAACAGUAUAAUAAAAUUUUAUAUGACAAACAAAAUUAUUCUUGGACGUGUAUUAACAGCUUCUGUAUAAUUGGGAGCAUCUAAAGAAAUGUUUCUGUCCAUAUACCUACACCCUAUAUAUUUACACACAAGAACACACUUGCACAUUUUACAUCACAUUCCACUCGCUCACAUAUAAAGUACAACUACUUUCAUACUAAUUACAAAUAUUCUAUUUAAUUAUUCAAUUAACUUAAGACUAACCGUGCCCUAGCUCAUAAGUCCAAUGCAAUGCUGUGAAUGAGAAAAAAACGAAACUACAGUCCAUUUACUUGUUAUUUAUAUUAUAUACUUAAUCGUUACGUGAAUUAGCAAAUUCUUAUUAUUACUCUUAUCACAUUUCAGAAAUUAUACUGAAAUAUUAUUAAGGUCUAUUUAUUAUAGUUAAAAUUUUUGCGGAGACCAUUAAAAAAAGUGACAAUUUAUCACAAUGAAAGUGUCACUCAUUGUUUUAUAGUUUCAAUAUUUAUGAUGCACCAGUCAUAUGUAAAUUCGUCUUUCGGCUCAAUAGGACCACACGCAAUAACUAUGACUGAUGGCAAACUACCAAAAAUAAUUAUUAUACAUAUGUAACAAAUUUUGCCAUGAAUCGAUUAAAGAUUUGUUCGUUAUUAUGGAGUGUUCAGGGAAACCAAGCUGUGGAAUUGUUAUGCAAGAGUAAAAACUUUCGCAUUAGCCACAUGUCAAAUUAAAAUAUAUGCUUUGUUAGAAUUCCCAACACGAUCUUGCUUUUUAUUUCCAAGCUCUCAUAACAAUAUAUUUUAGAUUAUAAAAGAUAAAUUUAUGAGAUAUACGUUCUACAAGAAUGUUACAAUUGUAAUAUAGUUUUAUAAUAUUAUUUUAUUCCCAAAGUCGUCUCGAUGUUAAGUUUCUAAUUUAUAUUUAUUUAUAAACUUUCUUUACAGCCAAAGCUUUAAAUGAAAUUAUUCACAUUAUUUUAAAAUUUCAACCAUGGCAAGAUACGGAUCACGAUAUAGUAAAUGAAUAUCAGUAUAGAAGGAGCUCUUUUAGUUAAUAAAUAAUUAUAUUAAGAAUAAUUUAUUAAUCACUUUUGGUAUAAGUAAAUAAAAAUUGGUUGUAUAAGAAGUAAA